GGCCGCCUCCUCUCCAAAGCGGGCGCAGGCGGCGAGCGCUGCGCUCUUGAGCUCCAGCUGGUUCUCUCUCCUCCGGCGCUCUGGCUCUGCCGUCCGCGAUGCCUUCCCGGGCGCUGCUGCUGCUGCUGCUGCUGCUUCUGCUGGGGGCUUCGGGGGCUCCGCGCUCCCCGAAGGCGGCCUCGUGGGAGGAGGUGAACGUGCUGGCCCACGGGCUGCUGCAGCUGGGCCACGGGCUCCGCGAGCACGUCGAGCGGCUGGGCGGGCAGCUGCGGGACCUGAGCAGCCGGCUGGCCGCCCACAACGCCUCCCUGGCCGGGCUGGAGCGCGCGGCGAGCGAGCAGAGGGAGCGGCUGGCCCGGGCGCAGCGCCUCUUCGACGGCCGCUGGGCGCAGCUGGACGGGCGGCUGCGGGGGCUGGAGGCUCGCCUCGACGGGACGGCGCCGGCGGCGGCAGCGGCCCAGAACGGCAGCGGGGCCCCGGCGACGGCGGGGGAAGAGGAGGCGCUGCAGAACCUGGUCAGGCGCCAGAACGUGAGGAUGGAGGAACUCCUGCAGAAGAUCAAACAGCAGCAAUUCCGGAUGGACAAGCAGAACCUGCAGAUUAAGAGCCUUCAGAGCAAGGUCAACACCCUCAGCCCCCUGCACCGCCGGGAGAAGGACCCCCAGGAAGCCCCUCGCUGGAGAGUGACCGCCCUGCGCAGCGUCCUGGACGAGCGAGCGGCCAACCAGAGCCAGGCGGCCGGAGAGCAGACGCCGGAAGGCCCCAAAGCCUCCAGGGAUGGAGCCUUCGCAGCUUCUGGUGGCCAUUUCUCCAUUCUUGAGCCAAUUUGUCUGGAGGGACCAAUGGCCAGGCUCAAACGAUCCUGUUUUGGACAUAAUUACGAGAAAAUUGAGAUCUCUGGAGGACGUAAGUAGUCCUUGACUAACGACAAUAGAGCCCAAAAUUUAUGUCGCUGAGCGAGACAGUCCGUAAGUGAGUUUGCCCCCAUUUCACCCCCUUUCUUGCCUCUGACGUUAAGUGAAUCCCUGCAGUUGAGUUAGUAACACGGGUGUUAAAGUUUCUCUUUAAUUCUAGGUUGGUCCCCAUUUUGGUUUUUUUUUGGGGGGGGGGGGAAAUAGACCUCUUGAAGAAGGCCGGUCCAGUUUCACCCCAAGAAAGCCCUCAAUCCUGGAGCUAAAAAAAGGCUUAAAAACCAAGGGGGAUAAUGAACUGCCGGGCAGCCAUGUGCCAGCGCAGUCUACCUGAAUUCUUGAGUUCAGGCUAUGGCAGUUUGCAAGGGACACCAUCCGAUCCAAGGUAAUUGGGGUGGGGGUCAGGGGGCA